AUGUCUGCCACACAAACACAACAAAUGGCUACACAGCUACAGGUGAAAGGAAACCAAAGAUCUCAGCUUGAAGUGCUAAUAAAGGACUUCCAAAACAAACUCGGGAAGGAUUGGGAGAAGUAUCAUGAGCUGCUUACUCUCUAUCUUGUUGGAAAGCUCUCUAGAAGUGAAUUGGUCCUGAUUGUGGGACCAAUGUUGAAGAACGGUCUAAUCAAAUGGCACAACAAGUUUCUCUUGCUCAAUUUCGCCAACUCGCUUCAGGACAGUCCGGUGGAGUUUCUGUCUGAGCUAGCGUCGUUCUGGAAUAAGAAGAAUCUGAAAACGAAGAACGUCAGGCUGACUCAGUAUGAGAAGUUCAAACGCAAUAUCAUGGGCUUGCCCUUGAAGGAGAGGCGAAGAAUCAGGAGCAUCACUAGAGAUAGUGGAAAGAGAAACAAAAUCAAUGCGUCGAUCACGCUCACAAGACAAGCUUUGUUGCCAAAGAUUCCCAUGAUCCAAGACAAGGAACAGCAGCAGUUACAGGUUAACAAUUUGGUGCAAUGGCAACAGGAUGUUGUGAACGGAAUCAAUGCUCCUUUGGCAGCUACGUGUUACGAGUUGCCCGAUACAGAUAACUUGUCAAGGAGGGUGUUGAUGACAAUGAGGGAGCAUGGCUUGACUGGUGGUGUGAAUACCCAGGUUCUUGAGAUGAUCAGUCUAGGUUUGGAGGCACACCUCAAAACAAUCUUAGAAAACGCUAUAGAUGUCUCCAGAUACAGAGAGCAGAAGUAUAACUCCAAUGACUUCCUACUGCCCAAAGACGAUACCCCCGAAAAUGGCAGCAUGAUCAAUGGCCACAGCAGAGCGGAGUCCCUUUCAGGAAUUGGAAGCCGCAAAAGAAAUCAUGACGACUCACUGCCCACAAAGAAGGAGACAGUGGUGUUGAACGUGGAGGACAUGUACAAUACUCUAGAAAUGUUCCCUCAUUUAGUGGAACCAAACGGCGCCAAGAUCAGACUUUCGAAUGUGAUGUUACAAAAUGACGACCAGGCUGCUGACACGAAGCCUCAUUACGACCUCAAGGAACGCCCUGCCGAGGUCGAUACAGCAAUAAUAUCAAAUGGUGCCGUUAAAGACAAGAAAGCUCUCACAGUCGAUAAGGCUGCACAUUCCGAGAAUGGCCUGCAAAAGCCUCCACAAACGCCGCUGACUCAGAGCCAGAGCCAGAAUGGGGAAAAUACUGGCAGUGCUGAUGAGCUCAAGUGGCUUGUGCACGAUCUUAUCUCGGCGAUGUGA